CAAGCCAAAAAAACACGUUUGGCCAAAUUCUUCAAAUUUUGUCAGCUGUUCUGUAUCAGGCACACACGACAAGCAGCCAAUCGGCGUCUCUCUGAGCCUUUAAUUUUAGCUCAAAAUCCUCUCCACGGACAACACUUUUUACUUGUUUUUAACUGAGCGCAAAGGGCGGAGAGUCAGCGCCGAGUCCGCGUCUGGGGAUGGAUUCAGCCCGGAGAGAGGCUGCUGUGAGCCGGCUGGAGAGGAGCUGCCACACGGCGUUCAUACACAGCAAUACUCUGUAUGUGUGGGGAGGUCAUCAGGUAGUUGCUGGACAGGAUGUCAUGUUGCCCAGUGAUGAGAUAUGUCUUUGUGAUUUGGACAGCGGGAAGUGGGAGUGUAAGGCGAUCACUGGAGACAGUCCCUUGGACUUGUCUGGUUUCUGUGGCUCCAAUAUUAACAGCACUCUAUACAUCUUCGGAGGAUGUGACUCAAACGGACACUCCAACCAGAUGUUCAGCGUGGACGUAGCUCAGCUGUGCUGCUCCUGGACGAGAGUCACCGAAACAAAGGGAACAACACCCUCACCCCGUAACCAACACUCCUGCUGGGUGCACAGAGGCAGACUGAUCUACUUUGGUGGAUAUGGCUGUAAGACUGUAGGAGAGGUACAGAACACAUCGUCAUCAAGCUUCAUUGUGGAAGAGAUGUCCUGGGCAUUGAUAGGAAACACUUUGUUUCGGUGCUGGGGAUGGAACAACGAGGUCUGCGUCUUUGACACGCAGUCCUCCACGUGGAGCGCACCUGAGACUCGGGGUCCAACUCCUGCUCCCAGAGGCUGCCAUGCCAGUGCCCUGCUGGGAAACAAAGGUUACAUCACUGGUGGUGCGGAAGCAGCAGAAUUGGAAAUUUUCUGCUUGGACCUUGAGAGCUGGACUUGGAAUCGAUUUGACAUCUUGCCUUCUGGUGCUCCUCUGGGGCGCUCCAUGCACACCAUGAACUCCAUAUCAGACGAAGUCCUGUUCAUUUACGGUGGCCUUGGCGUGGAUGGAAACACUCUGAAUGAUGCCUGGCUGUUUAACGCACAGAAGAGGGAGUGGACAAAGUUGAAUCAUCCACACAAAGACAAGCCCAGGGUUUGUCACACUGCCGGCCUGGGAAGUGACAGUGACGUUGUGGUUUUUGGGGGAAGCAGCAACCUCUGCAUCCUUGUGGACUCAGUGGCUGUUCUGAGAGCUCCAAGGCAACACCACUGCAGGGAUAUUCUCAUCUUUCAGACGCAGCCGUACUCUCUCUGCAGGCUGUGUGAGGACUUCAUUGGAGGAAACCCUGAGUUGUUCACGCCACAGCUUGACUGGCUGCCUUCAAAGCUGCGUAACAAAAUCGCCAAAAGGGCUGAAUGUUUGUCCACCAUGAAGCCUACACAUACAGCGUGAAGGACUUUCUACAGCAACAUUACCCUGUCCCUGUUAAUCAUUUUUGUCUUAAACAUGUCUGUUUGUGAUGAUGUAAAGAUAUGGUGCUUUGGUUUUGUUACUUUUUUAACUUUAACAUGAUUUGUAAAAAUAAAAAAAUUAAAAUAUA